AUGGAGAGAGAGAGACUGAGAAAGGGACAGAAACAGGGACAGAGAGAGAGACAGGGACAGAGACUGAAAGAGAGCGAGACAGAGCAGGGGGACCGGGGAGCAGGGAAGUGCCCAGGGCUGACGUCUACACAGGUUGGCAUCUUCUGGUCUGUACAGAGGUUGGCAUCUUUAGGGGCACCGCUUCAUGUCUAUGCAAGACAAAUCUCAGACUACUUUGCUCCUCAUAAACAAACUUGACUGCAGUUCAUAAAUAUAUUAGCUACAUUUAUUAAAAUGAUGAGGAAGGAAAGUUGUAUUAUAUAAUUUGGGUCUCCCUGUUUGUAAAAUGUUAAGCUUAGAAUGUAUUAUUACCAUCAAGUCAACAAAGGCUUUAUUUAACUGCUUUUUUUAAGCACCUCUGUGAGCAUCUGCCUGUUUUUCAUGAACUUAGAUGGAUAUCAUUGAAUAAGUUCUUCUUAUGUCCUAUUUGUACUUAAUUAUCUCUAGAGGCUAGUCUCUAGAGGCUAGCUGUUAAAGGUGUAAUAUGCAGAAAUCGCUCUGCCACAUUUCUAUGUGAAUUUGGUCAGUUCACCCAAAAAGUUACAUAUUGCAGCUUUAAGAGAAGAAAUAAGGAAAUACAUUGCUUUCAGGUUUAGUUGUACCUAGUUUUUGCCCAUGUUAAUUACUUGUUUUGGCAAAAAAUACUUUGUUUGAUGUGUAGGUCUCCAAAAUAAUGCUUAACGCCAACACAGUGCCAGUGGCUGUGUGUGUCAAAUCAAAUCAAAUCAAAUUCUAUUUGCCACAUGCGCCGAAUACAACAGGUGUAGACAUUACCGUGAAAUGCUUACUUACAGCCCUCAACCAACAAUGCAUUUUUUCCUGAAAUAAAAGGUAAAAUAAAACAACAACAACAACAAAGUAUUGAGAAAAAAAGAGCAGAAGUAAAAUAAAAUAACAGUAGGGAGGCUAUAUACAGGGGGGUACCGGUGCAGAGACAUGUGUGUCAGUUGAAGACGGUCUGUUUCCAGAGACCCAAUGGCACGGGCCUGUGAGUUCUUCCUUCCUUACGUGGGAUUGCGGGCAGGGGAGGAGCGGAGUGCAGAACCACCAAACACAGGCUGCUGAUUGGAGAUGGCAUAGGUGUACUGUAGUGAACUGCCUUGACUUGAACAAGAAGUGACUGCAGUCUUAUGCUUGGUUGCCUUAACUUCUCCUUCAGCAAUUUCCAACAGAUUGCACAUCUAUUUAUCUGUGGCGUGGCUUGGCUUCAGAAGGCAGGAUGGGGAGGAGCGGCUAUAGAGACAGGCUAUAGAGGUCCCUCCCAGACAUCAGCUUAUAGUAAUCCCCUUUACAAGGUGAAACAACAAGAAACUCAUUCUUUCAUUCUUAUUUUCUGAAAUGCUUCCAGCUUUCCUCUUCUGAAUGUGCAUUGAGCUUCUGCUUGGGAGGUGUUGAAUUUGAAUGGCUGGGCCAUGAUGGUGUGGCAGCAGCCAAUACUGCCAGGUUGUGAUUCACAAAUGGCGGGGCCUCACAGUACCAAUGGAGUCGUGGAGAGUAAUAGAUGCUACCCCAGAGGUACAUCUUAGGAUAAUGAACCAUUUCAAACAUUCUGCCAGAGCUAAGGAAGCCUGAAAAUGACUGCAUGGCUCAAUUUCACAGCAUGCCAAGGCCGUGCGUUCUCUCCUCACCUAUUAUGAGUCUGAAACAAAUAGGGCAUUCUACUGCUUUCUGCCAACUUCACAGCAAAACAGCAUUUCCCAUUUCUGUUCCAUGGCAAUUUGAAUAAUCAAUUUGAUAUUGUUCAUGUUGUUUGGUUCACUUUUUACAUCCUUCUUUUGGAGAACAUAAAUAUUAUGAGACUAUGAGAAAUGGUUAGCGUGUACUGUUUGAGUAAAACACACUGUCGUGGAAAUUCUUACACAGGGACACUCAAAGUCAAUCUUAAAUCAAUCAUCGUUUAUUGUCAGUGCGCUGGAGAGGUUCCAACCAACUCAAUGCACCACAGUACACAUGUCAAUCAGGAGCUCUGCUGGGGCAGUCCCAGCAGUUGUCUUAUAUACGGCUAUACACAGACAAGUUAUAUUUGCAUGAUUUAGCAUAAUUAAUUCAUCAUUACCGUUUUGUUCAAUUAAUGUGACCGACCAAUACUGGUUCAUAACAUGUGACAGACCAAUACCUCACGAGGCUUCUUCUCUCUAAGCUGAGACCUUGAAACUGAGAUAUCUUUCGUUCUCAAAACAAGGUCUGGGCUUACUGCCAAAUUGCAGAUACUGAUAAGUGAGGAUUCGUCCGAUCAGUCACUUGCAUGAACACAGAAAUUGGUUAUUAGAACAGAACAUGAAUAGAACAUAGAAAUGUAUAGAAUAGAAAAGCACCAACAUAAACAUUUCCAUUCCAUUUAGUGUAGCCCUACUAUUUGGUGUGCUCUUUAUGAUGAAGAGAUACUACAACGAUGAUAAUGGAUCCAUGAUCGAUCAGUAUGAUCCAUUUGUGUUCUUCUCAGUACACUGUUAAGGGGUUACUAUGAAUUUUACAGGGACUUAUAGGCAGCUGGUUGCAGUACACUUACUGUAGUUUAUUUAAAUUAUCAGAGCAGGUACUUUCACAGUAUUUAACUGUUGAUAAUACACUUAUUUACUGUAUAAACCACAGUAAUCCAUUACAGUGAAUAUUUUCACUCAGCUCAAGCAUUAUCAAUGAAAUAUUCAUCUUACACUCAAGCAGUAUGGUAAUAAUCACCAGCCAAGGCUUUCUCAAUAUAAUACAGUUUUAUGAUGAUGAGAGGUGAGGUGUGUUUAUUUGCGAGGGCUAAUCUCAUUCCCACAUGAAUUACACAUGCAUUUUUAAUUGUCCAUUUGGGAGCUAUUGCUAUUGAAAUGCCGUCAUCGUUACCAAUGAAAGUGUUAUGAUGUAUGCUUCCCAAAUGGCACCCUAUUCCCAAUAUAUUGCACAAUAGGGCUCUAGUCAAACGUAGUGCACUACAUUGGGAAUAGGGAGACAUUUGGGAUGCAGCCUAUGAGUAACUUUCUAAAACAGUCAAAAGUAAUUUUCAUUAAGACUCAUGCAGCGUAUUAUGGCUAAUUAAUUAAACUAGCUGACUUUGCAGUCAGAGUCAGUACUCAGUACACUACAGCAGCUUGCAAGCUCAGAUCUCACAAAGCAGAGCUGCCAAUCACAAUCUCCUCAAAGUCAUUCCGUCUACUGGGCCAUCCAUGAUGUGAAGACAAGACAACGCUAGCUCUGUUUAUAAUUGCUUUACACUCAGAAUAGCCUGGAUGAAGAUUAAUUAAUCCCCUCAUUAAGCAAUAAGCAGUAGAUGAACGAUGUGAGAAAGGCUGCUACUGGUUACCCGUUUCAAAUGAAAGUGCACAAGAUGAUAAAUGUCACCUCUCAUUUUGCAUAUGUAAAAAACAUUUGCAUAGUCCUUUGUAACCAAACAAUGAAAUGUGAAUAUCAUUUAAAUAGAAUAGGGCAACAGUGUCUGUAUUCUGUGGCCACAAUGUGCUUUGUUCUCAACAUUUCACUGAUUAUUCCUCUCAUCGAGGUCUUUAAACAUAUUCGGGUGGAAUAAAGUACAGUUCAUGUCCUUUGUGUGUGUGUGUGUGUGUGUGUGUGUGUGUGUGUGUGUGUGUGUAAUCUCUCUCUCUCACACACAGUUUUGUCAGUUUGUUUGGGGUAUGAGAGAGACGAGAGAGAGCAAUGUCUGGACCACAGUGCCUCCCUGCCUGCCUCCCUGCCUAGCCUCAGCUGACAGCAAUAGAAUGCAUUGACCCAGUCUAUAUUAGGACCAACUUUUUGUCGGUUACCCUUGCACUUGCUGUCCUACUUCCCCCUAUGUGCCUGGAGGUAGAUCCGCCAGAAUAGUCUGUGGCUUUGUCCGAAAUGGCACCAUAUUCCCUAUAUCCUCCAUAUGCAACUGGCGGACCGCAGACCGGAUCCGGACCCCAGAACUUGGUUGGGCUUCAACCCCUGGUAUCAUAUAAACACACAUAAGACAUGGAAGAAUGCGUAGAAUUGCAGGAAAUUAGCUUUAAAACUGCAAAAUGUUCUCUCCGCCAACAAGAGGGGUGUGAACAGUUUGGGGUCGCAUAGGUUGCGAAGUGGGGGUUUGUUACUACGCCGAUAAAUUACAUUAUCUAUCCGGACCUGUGCCACCUAGGAAAUUUGUGUGAAUGGACCUUCUCAAAUAGUACUUGAGUACCCAUGCCCUAUAUAGGCUGUGUAGUGCUCUAUAAAGAGAAUCGGGUGGUAUUUGGGACACAGCCAGAAUAGUGAGUGUUCCUUGGCCUACAGAAUUAUCCCCAGCAUCAUAUCAGCUAUGCAGGCAGACCUACGGAGUCUCCAGGAGCACGCAUGCACACACGCAGGCACACACAAACUCUCUGCUGGAAAUCAAUGGGAACCUAGACACAGUCUGGUUCAGUGGACAAUGGAACCUGCUGUUGUGCCUUUGAUGCAGCAGCACUGGAGAAAAUAAACAAAAUUGCAGCAGCAUGAUGGUUCAGUGCAGUAAUGCAUAAUACGGUAUCUCUUCUUCUUUUGUAGUGCAAACACAGACGGGCAAGGAUAUGCUGCUGCUUCUCUUAAACUAAGAUGAAAAUGUGCAGCUAUGGCGUUGACAGCAAAGAGAAUUUACUGCCUGAAAACCAAAAAUAUUAUUUUAUUAUGCCUCACAGUCUUUCUGCUGAAAUGCAACGUGUCUCUCUUUCUCUCUCUCUCCCAAGGUCAGAGGUGGCACGGCGAGAUGAGGCAGACGAAGCAAAGAGAAGAGGCGGGGAGAAGAAUCGAACGAUCCAAGAGACGACGGGCGCCAACAUAGACACGAGUAUGAGUAGAUAAGAGAGAGAGAGGGAACGAGAGAAAGAAACGUAGACUAAAAACUGCAGUUAGCCAAAGCAAUAUAUAGAGCUCUCGCUGAAUCCCUAGUAACCGGUGAGAAUUUUAUCUCUAAGUACUAGGGUAUAGAGACCAGAGAAUUAAUCUAUCGCAGUAUUUCUGAGCAUACUUAUCUCUCUAUAUGUCAUCCCAAUAUCUAAUAUCUUCUAUCUUCUUUUCUACUCCUAUUCUCCUUCUUCUAUCUGUUCUUCCAUCUAUCCUGUCCUCUCCCCUCUCUCUAUCUCUCUUUUUCUCUCUCUCCUCUCUCUUCUCUCCUCUUUCUCUCUCCUCCUUCUCUUCUCUUCUCUCUCUCUCUUUUCUGUUUACCUCCCUAUCUCUCUCUUUUUUUAUCUCGCUAUUUAUUUUUCUCUCCCUCUCUUUUUCUCAGCAACUAGUGCUGUGCAUUAACCGAAAUGUCUGUUUAUUUUCGUUUUUUAAAUAACUUGAAUUCCUUUUAGUUCGGUUUUUUUUCUGUGCGUUCAACGCCCCGUUUGUGCCAUUUCUCUGGAAAGAUUUCUCUCUGGGACAUGUUAUCCAACUCAUCAUAGUUACACGCAGAAAACGUGGUAAUUAACUACAAUGACUAGAAUCCAUUGUGCCUAUAGCUGCCAGUUCUCAUUGGCCGUGUUCGGGAGGAUUAAAACCGCAAUGUAUCAUGGGUAAAUUGUAACUGACUGACUGACCUACAAUUAGUGAGUUAUUAUUUAUGAUGAAAGGUGAUUUGUAGAUCAGUCAGUCACUUGGAAUAAAAUAAUAAGUCAUCAAAUAAAAUAAAAAAAUAUACACAACAACUGAAAUAUUUCCUUAAAGUAAAGUAAUGUGAAUAAAGGAUGGUUUAUUAAUAAGUGAUAUGCGGUAAUGGGCAGUCAAUACCAUCAUUGGGGUUUAUUAAUGAAAUAAUAAAGUCAUCAUCAUAUAUGAUACUAAAAACAAAUAUGUAAUAUAUACAACCAAAAACAAAGUAAAGUAAUGUGAAUAAAUGAUGGUUAGAGCCUAAUAAAUGAUAGUAAUAGGCAGGCACUACCAUCAAUUGUUUUAUUCUGUGUUACAGCAUUGAACCCACAUAAUGCAUUUAUUGUUUAAAGAAAAUCGAAACCGAAAUUUAAAACCGUUCAUUGCUGAGCUUUACACAUAUUCUCGCCGCCUAUAUGUAAUGGUUUCAUAUGAAGGAUUUAUUGUGCUGCUACGUUAAUUAGUUAUACACUACCAGUCAAAAGUUUUAGAACACCUACUCAUUCAAUGAUUUUUCAAGGGUUUACAUUGUAGAAUAAUAGUGAAGACAUCAAAACUAUGAAGUAACACAUAUGGAAUCAUGUAGUAACCCAAAAAGUGUUAAACAAAUCAAAAUAUAUUUUGUAUUUGAGAUUCUUCAAAUAGCCACCCUUUGCUUUGAUGACAGCUUUGCACACUCUUGGCAUUCUCUCAACCAGCUUCAUGAGGUAGUCACCUGGAAUGCAUUUCAAUUAACAGGUGUGCCUUAAUUUGUGGAAUUUUUUUCCUUCUUAAUGCGUUUGAGCCAAUCAGUUGUGUUGUGAUAAGGUAGGGGUGGUAUACAGAAACUAGCCCUAUUUGGUAAAAUACCAAGUCCAUAUUAUGGCAAGAACAGCUCAAAUAAGCAAAGAGAAACGACAGUCCAUCAUUACUUUAAGACAUGAAGGUCAGUCAAUACGGAACAUUUCAAGAACUUUGAAAGUUUCUUUAAGUGCAGUCGCAAAAACCAUCAAGCGCUAUGAUGAAACUGGCUCUCAUGAGAACCGCCACAGGAAUGGAAGACCCAGAGUUACCUCUGCUGCAGAAGAUAAGUUCAUUAGAGUUACCAGCCUCAGAAAUAGCAGCCCAAAUAAAUGCUAGUAACAGACACAUCUCAAAAUCAACUGUUCAGAGGAGACUGUGUGAAUCAGGCCUUCAUGGUCGAAUUGCUGCAAAGAAACGACUACUAAAGGACACCAAUAAGAAGAAGAGACUUGCUUGGGCCAAGAAACACGAGCAAUGGACAUUAGACCAAAAAUUUGGGAUUUUUGGUUCCAACCGCCGUGUCUUUGUGAGACGCAUGUGGGUGAACGGAUGAUCUCCGCAUGUGUAUUUCCCACCGUAAAGCAUUGAGGAGGAGGAUUCAUGGUGUGGGGGUGCUUUGCUGGUGACACUGUCUGUGAUUUAUUUAGAAUUCAAGGCACACUUAACCAGCAUGGCUACCACAGCAUUCUGCGGUGAUACACCAUCCCAUCUGGUUUGGGCUUAGUGGGACUAUCAUUUGUUUUUCAAAAGGACAAUGACCCAACACAUCUCCAGGCUGUGUAAGGGCUAUUUUACCAAGAAGGAGAGUGAUGGAGUGCUCCGUCAGAUGACCUGGCCUCCACAAACCCCCGACCUCAACCAAAUUGAGAUGGUUUGGGAUGAGUCAGACCGCAGAGUGAAGGAAAAGCAGCCAACAAGUGCUCAGCAGAUGUGGGAACUCCUUCAAGACUGUUGGAAAAGCAUUCCAGGUGAAGUUGGUUGAGAGAAUGCCAAGAGUGUGCAAAGCUGUCAACAAGGCAAAGGGUGGCUAUUUGAAGAAUGUCAAAUAUAAAAUAUAUUUUUAUUUGUUUAACACUUUUUUGGUUACUACAUGAUUCCAUAUGUGUUAUUUUAUCGUUUUGAUGUCUUCACUAUUAUUCUACAAUGUAGAAAAUAGUGAAAAAAAUUAAGAUAAACCAUUGAAUGAGUAGGUGUUCUAAAACUUUUGACCGGUAAAUGAAAAUGCUAAACCUAACCAUUCCUAUAACUAUUGGUUUCAUAUGUAAAUGCUGAUGGUAAUGCUUCCCUCUUGACAGACGGUUCUACCUAAUGGCUAAGUAUUAACACCAUGCAACAUGGCUGGCAGCACAGAGACAGUGUGCAGUUACCUCAGCGUUAAUUAGAUUCUCUGCAAUUACCCACUCUCAUUUAUCUUGUAUUAAUUAACCAUGAAAUGAUGAUUGGCUCAGAUUUUAUUAAGGUGUAUCUCAUUUCCUGUUAUAUUUUGGUCUCAUUUUCCCAUUUAUUUUCAUUCUUUAUGGUAUGAGGUGUGAAAUGAUGAGACAGCCUGCUCUGCAUUAAAUGUUGGGGUGAGAUAGGUAAUGGAAAUGUAUGUGUGUGCAUGCGCGCAUGCUUGUGUGUGUGCACGUCUGUGUGUACGUACGUGUGUGUGCAUGUGUGAGAGAGAGAAGCACUGAAGGACAGGCCAAGGGCGGGAGGAGGCAGGGGUGGUGUGUAUCUGUGUUUGUAUCAUUGAGUGACUCACAGUGCAGUAUCCAGGAUGCCUCCCUCUCUCUCUCCGCUCAGGCUGCUCUCCUAUCAGCACUCACUCUGUGGGAGUGGUAGUAGUCUGCCAUUUUUACUCGCCCUUAUUAUCCAGACAGAAAGGAAGGAUCUGGCCCAGACUAACAGCUCUGGAGAAACACUGAGUCUCUGUCUCUGAGAAGUCAGGCAGCAGACCCUAGGUGCAGACGAUAUUUACGUCCCAAAUGGCACCCUAUUCCCUUUAUGGUGCACUUAUUUGGACCAGAGCCCUGGUCAAAAGGAAUAGGUUACCAUUUGGGACACAUCCACAUACUGUCUCUUGCAAGCCAGCAGACCUUAGGCCUAGCCUGCCUACAUCACACUGCAUCAAGGAUCCUAUCUGUUCUGGCUAUGUAUAGAGGAGAAUUUGAGAUGUAUGUUGGUGUCAUGUAAUGCGUGACUGUGCCUUAAAGCACAGCGUUGUGUCACAGUGUGCUGUAGCUAGAUCACUACCCACUAUCUCCACUGGGAGAUUGAAGUAGUGGAGAAUACAUGCAAACAAGCAUUGUGUUUUAAUCAUAGGACGAGAUGGGCUCAUCCAUCAUAUGGCUCUUUAAAAUUCCUUUCAGUGCAGUGUAUGAUGCAUACAUUCUGUACUAUAUGAGGGAAAUGUAUAUGAGUAAUGCUUUUGUGUCUAAAAUGUAAACUGCUUGGUUCCAGACAGCAAAGAAAAGUGAAAUAUGUUUUUCUGUUGAAUUGUGAAGAUAAUACGGUCACCACACAAUGAACUGAAGUAAACUUAAAUAGGAAGGGUUUUGGUCUGAAGUUUUAUUUGUUUUUCUUCCGGGCUAUCAGUCUGUCCAUGACCCUGCCUGGUGGGAUAGUUUCCUGGUAGAAAUGGCUGCAUCUGUCUCCCACAGUCUGGCAGCCAGGUGCAUUUAGCUCUCUCUCUCUCUCUCUCUCUCUAUGAGAGAGAGAGAGCGCGAUCGAAGAGCCUCUCGCUCAGCUAUCGAUCCGCUCUCCUCUCUAUCUCUUCCCCUCUCUCUAUAUCUCUCUCUCUCUCUCUCUAUCUCUCCUCUCUCUCCUCUCUCUCUCUCGUUCUCACUCUCUCUCUAUCUCUUUCUUCACCUCUCUCUCUGUCUUUACUUACUGUAUCUGUCUUCCUCCAUGCUCUCUCCCCCCCUCUCUGCUCGCCACCCCCCCCCCCCCCCCCGCCUCUUUCUCUCUCUCUGUCAGGAUAAUGUGUUUCUGCAGCAGGCAGGCAGCACAGAUGGAGUCUCAGGGAGCGGUCCUCAUCCCAUCACUCCCCACUUUGUAUACAACUGCUGAAUUGCUUCCAUUUGCAUCCCACCAGGAAACAAAUGAUCAAGGCCACGAGGAUUGUAGAUUGCUUCUGUCCCCUGGAACUGUGGCGUAUAGAGCUUACUGAUGUGUUCAAUGUACAGCUGGCCCCUGAGCACCAUGCGGCUCUAACCUACAGGGUUUGGAAAGUAUUUGCUGGUGCUGGUUUAUACUGUACACCACACACAGUGUAUAGACACCACACAGUGAUGAAUCGUGUCAUGCUGGAAGGUGACACCAAAUUACCUCUAAUAUGUUGGGGUCACAUAGAACAAUUUAUUCUUCCGGGGUUGUUAUAUUCAGGUGUCCAUUUAUCCCCAACAUUUUUGAUUCUGUGCACCAAAGCUUCAUGUGAAAAAUGGAAAACGUCUUCCUUCAAGCAGGGAGAGAUGUCACAGUGACUCUUUGUUUUUACUAUUUGUUGGCUGAUGGCCUUGUUUACUGAACCUGUGUGUGUGUGUGUGUUCCUUGCAGGGCAGUGAAGAGGGAGACGUGGACAAGAACAAGUGUUGCACGCUGUGUAACAUGUCCUUCACCUCAGCAGUGGUGGCACAGUCACAUUACCAAGGCAAAAUCCACGCCAAGAGACUAAAGCUUCUGCUGGGGGAGCAGCCUGCCAUCACAGCCAAAGGUAGGCUCCUCUCUCUCUCUUUGUCUCUCUCUCUCUCUCUCUAACUCAUUCUCCUUUACAGACUAAGCAGCUGCAUUUUACUUCCCUGUGUGAUCACAUCAGAUAAUCCGAUGAGAUUUGCAGUGACAAAUGUGACAGAGUUGUCUAACACACAGAUGUGUGUUACGACAGAUGUGCUCGUCCUCACACACAAAGGUGCUAGCUAUGACAAGCAGACAAGCAGACAGGCAGAAAGGCAGAACACCACAGGUAGACUUUGGGAUAACAGCUCACCUAGCUUGCUAAAACAGAGAGAGGAGCUGCAGCUCGUGUGUGUGGACUGGUGAAGAAUCUCAUUUUAUCAUUUUAUUGUCCGUGGACCGUGGGUGUUUUGAUUAGAUGUGAUCAUCGUCUGCCGCAGCACCUCAGGGUUGAGGAAAGUCUGGAGGAUAUUGUAAACCACAGCAGCUGCUCCCUGCCACGCAAAUCUGUUUACAAAUUGACAGUUGAAAGAAUAAUGAAAGCUGGCCAUGGGGGAAAUUAGAAUUAGAAAAAAGGACCACACUUUUAUUUAAUCAGAUCACUCCCCCUUAUGCAACACCUGAGACCUGGAUAUCCAGAGAGGAUGCUGGAGGUGAAUACAAAAAUCAUCAACUUUGUUUGUUUAUUUGGGGUAUCCUUUAUCUUGAGAAUAUCUAUGCUGAUGGUACGUCUUUUGAUUUGUCUGUUAAUUCUGAUAUCCUUGACCAAAACUUUUACUACCCUCUAUGCCUUUUGUUUGAGUCUGCGCAAUAGCCCACUAUUGUGCAGUUAGUUAAUAGAGAGUCAGACCAAUGCUAUACACUUUGGUUUGUGUUAAUAGAAAAGAGAUAGAAGGAUGCCAAGGCCUGAAACUGCAGUAAUACUCACUGCUUGCCUCAGUCUCUGUCUGUGCGUGUGUGUGUGUGUGUGUGUGUGUGUGUGUGGGUGUGUGUGUGUGUGUGUGCAAAUGUUUCUUUGUCAGUUCUAUAUGUAGCCAAAGAGUUGUACAAAAUGCAGAACAUAAAGCUGAAACAUAUCUAGGCCCAGUCAGUCACCCUGGAGGCUCAGGCCUGUUUUUCCUUCAGGGCUUUCUGUUCCGGGAACACUCUGCUUUCCUCCUCCUCCCCUCCUCUUAUCCUCCAUUCAGCCCCCUUUCUAUAACACUUUAUUUGGAUAGUCCAACUGUAAAUGCUCUACAGACUAUCUACAAUCAGUAACCUUUCAACUAUCUAUAUAUUAAACAUAACCCUAACCUUAACCCUUACCCUUAUUCUAAACCUAACCCUAACCGUAACCUUAGCAAGCAGUUGAUUAUCAACAGAUGGACUAUCCAAAUAAACUGUGACCCCCUUUCUCCCAGUGAGUCCAGCUACAGGGGACACUAUAACCCCAAAUGGCACCCUAUUCCUUACGUAUAGUGUGCCACUUUUGACCAGAGCCCUAUAGGGCCCUUUGGGCUCUGAUCAAAAGUAGUGCACUAUAUUGUGAAUAGGGUGCAAUUUGAGACAUACACAGGGUAUGAGGGCAAAGCAGCAGGGAGACAUGCUGUGUCACCCUUUCAUUGCACAUCAUCGUCCAUCGGCAUGUAUGCUGCCUGGCCCUCGGCCGUAAUUGACCCCCCCCCCCCCCCCCCCCCAGAAAAAAAGAAGAGUAUGGAAGUCAGGUCAAAUUGUGUGUGCUACUGAAAUGGCCCCAGUCUCAAAGAAAAACAAUGGUAAAAGGAAAAUGAUAAAGAAAGCAGCUGACUACCUUAAAAGCUUUUGAAGUGUGUUUAACCCUGAUACGUGUUGUUUUGUAGAGUUUACGCAUGGAUGUGUUGUACACAUGGACCACAUAUUACUCAAAAUUGGACAAUCCAUUUACUAUUCCUGGUUUUCCAUGAUCAGACCUUGUAUCCCACUAUGUGGCAGAAAUUAUUAUGCAUUUAAUAUGCACAUUGGGGCAUCCCCUUGAAGAUAAGGCCUUUGCGCCUGGUUAGUAUGAUGAUUAUCCUUUGACGUUUAACAAGGGUGGGCAUGGGCAGUAUGCGUUCAAGUGGCAUAAAUAAUAUGGUGGUGGAGACCUAGAAGGAGGGAGAGUAGUGGUCGCAGGCAUGUCUCUGCAGCCCUCAUCAACCAUUACAGAACCCCUCUCCUCCUCCUUGUCCCCCUUCUCCUCCCCCUCUUCCUCCUCCUCCUUGCUCCGUCCUCUUUGUCCUUCUCCCCUCCUCCUCAACCUUCUUCUCCUCCACUGACAUGAUGUUGGUCACAUAACCACCUUCUUAGCCUGCAGCUUCAGGGAGCUAUUGUAACCCUGGUACAGGAAAUAGAGUAUACUGCAAUCAAGGUUUGCAAUCAGUGGCAUCAUGUUUUGUUUCUGCUUGAUUUCCUUAAGCUGAGGAAGUGCUCAGUGCUCUGCUUUGGUAUUUAGAGACAGCAGGGAAUCAGCAGUACAGUAGCCUACUGGGUCAUGUUAGUAAGGAGGUUACUAGGGAACGGAAGCGUUAUUCUCCAUAGAGUGAGCUGUGUCUCGCUCCUUCCUUCGUAAAACCUUGGUUAUUUACGUAACCUUUUGAUUUAUUUGGUAUAACGUAUGCUGAUUUCUGAUACUGUAAAAUAGUGGUUUGAUAAAACUCUGUUCUGCUGUGUCUGCUAUUUCCCCUCAUGCCUCCCUGUCUGUCACUAACAGAUUCAGUCAUUAACCAUGCCAUCUGUGGCCAAUGGUUCGGAACAGAGGAUGCUCCACUCCCAACUAAGGGAGGCCAGACAGAGCAAUCAAUCGCACUGUCACCCAACAAACACAGCUAGAGCCACAGAUAGACAGACAGACCUCUCACCCCCCCAGACCCCAGCCUCAGUCAGAGAAAGAAGACCAGAGAGACCCAGCCAUAGUGUGCAUCCCAAAUGGCACCCUAUUCCCCAUUUAGGGCACUAUUUUUGACCAGGACUCAUAGGCUAUAUUGGACUAUAUUGAAAAUAGGGUGCCAUUUGGGACUAAACCAUACAGUAGGCUGCCUCUCAAAAUGGAACAUUCUCUAGAUGUGUUGAUCUCUCUGCAUUUUCAUUUUGUCUGUCAUUCACCAAAUCCACAUUUCAACAUGUUUAGUCUACGUCCAGAGGGGCUUUUAGUUAUGUUGUUUACAAAAACAACUUGUCCUGUAUUACAUGAUGAGAAAUGGAGAUUAGCCACAUACAGUAAACACAUGAAUGACUGAAUAUAGAACACCUCCAUUCUCCUGCAGAACAGGACAAUCUACAGUGUGUGUCUGCUGCAGACAGAGGUUGGAGAUGCUAGCUUCUGCACACUUGAAGUUGAAAUUAAUGGAUUUAUUGUGCACUACUUUUGUGCACUACACCCAUAGGGCUCUGUUCAAAAGUAGUGCACUAUAGAGGAAAUAGGGUAGCAUCUGGAAGGUAGAGGGAGAAAAUGUCAGGAAGAUAAAUCCACCAGGGCAUCAGGAAGCCUGAGCUUAUUGAUUUCUACAUAAUGAACAUUACUGGAGUGGCCGGGUGCAUCUCUUAAUCCUCCCGUCUCCAAGGAAACUGUUGUUUCAGCCUUCAGCCAAUAACACAAAACCCACAAAACUCUGCCUGCGUUCCGAAUGGCACACUAUUCCUAUAGAGUGCACUACUUUCGACCAACUUUUGGUCGUGGUACUGCACUAUAUAUGGAAUAGCAUUUACCCCAACUAGAGGCGGCCUCCUCAGUUUCAGACUCAAAACGUAGAGGACACAUCAUUAAUUUAAAGAUAUUGAAUUUGGACAUCAGUGAGCCCCCUCAGAAACAAAAAUGGUGCUUGAUGCCCUCUGGGCACACACAUCCAACCACAACCACUGCUAGAGCUGCUUAUAUUCAGGAUAGCUUUACUCUAGAUUCCCUCUUCUUUUAUGGUAUGUGUGUGAUACAUUCCUGACUAUUUAUGUGGAAGCUAAAGUAUGACUGUGUAAAUUAUUCUGCCCUUUUAGUUGAACUCCUCAUAGACAUGGUUAGUUGUAUGGUAAUAUGUGUGCAUAAUCAUAUACGGUUGCUACAUGCUUUCACAUGCUUCUUUAGUCUAAGGUUAAUCGUUAGCACAAUGAGCUGUCCAAUUUCCACCUCUGCUAAUGCUGUUUUUGACUUGGGUAGCUCUGAAGAAACGUUAAUUGACCAUUAGUAUUCUUAUGUCCCGUAAUAUCCCAAAUGGCUAAUCACUUUCUCCGAGCACUGUCUCCAGCUUAUUUUGAACAUUUCUGUCCGGUCUCCAAGCUCCAGCAGGCUUUGAGCGAGCAGAAUAGUUUGAAUGUCAUUUCUCUAUAACCACCACAGCAUAAUGCUGGGUUUGGUGAAGUACUUCAUUAAUUCGAGUUAACUGUGAAAUCAUUUUGAGAAAGCACAUUCUGAAGUUUAUAACCUUGGGUUUUAGCGUCAUUACAUCUGUUACGAACCCUGUGGCUUUAAAUGUCUAGGGGAGAGGGAAAAGAGACCCGUAACAUAAUUCAUGCAAAUUAGAAUUGUGACAUGGAAAACAGUGAGAACAAAAAAUACACCAACAACCAUAAGCUACCGUCAAACACAAGAUGUUUAUUUUGAACACACGGUAAAGGUUUGGGAAAAAGGGCUGAGCAGGACCCAAGUAAUUAAACAGUAAUGUCUCUUCCAACAAACACAACUGACUGGCUUUUAAAACAAUGGGAGGUGUAAGUGAAAAACCAGAAAAGGGUGGUGCAAUACAAAGGAAUGUCCACUGAUUGGUCCACCUCAGCAAUCAGCAGACAAACGGAUGUCGGACAGGUGGGACACCCCCAACGACCACCAAUCGGGAACACAAAGGACACCUGUGAUUAGCGCAGAAGGAGAGGAAAAACACAAAACACACACAGGAUACCUGUAUUCGUAACACUCCCACCCUUAAAAGAGCAAACCACAAUGGUUUGCGACACACGUACCAUCAAAACACCCAAAAUUCAAAGAUCAACAGCAUCCUGACGGGAUAACAAAAAAAAACCUAGAUCUUUAAACACGAGACAAAGCAUAUCUGCCAACACAUUAUCUGACCCCUUUUUGUGGCUGAUUAUAAUUUUGCACUACAAGUGCCCAAAGCAUAAGGCGUUGGUUCUGGUUGUACAUCCAGUGGAGAAAAACUAAGGGGUUAUGGUCAGUAUACACUAUCACUGGUAAUGCACUGGAACCAACAUAAACUUCAAAGUACUGCAGAGCUAACAACAAAGCUAGAGCUUCUUGUUCAAUGGUGGAAUAGUUUGUCUGACAUUUGUUAAAUUUCCGCGAAAAAUAACAGACAGGAUGGUCCACUCCACUGUGGUCUGGGAGCAGUAGAACAGCACCAGCACCUCUGGCACUUGCAUCUACCUCCAGUUUAAACAGUCCUUCAAAAUCUGGCGCAGCAAGAACAGGGGUACUACAUAAGAGUGCUUUAGCAGUGUUGAAAGCAGUACGACAAUCUUCAGACCAUACACAUUUUCUCACCGGACUGAGCAAAUCCGUUAAUGGAGCAACUACCGCAGAGACAUUUUUACAGAAACUACGGUAGUAGCCAACCAUCCCUAAAAAGCGGCGUAGCUCUCUUCUGGUGGUAGGUGCGGGAAAUGCAUUUAUAGCUGAAACCUUGGCAUCUACAGGGUGCACCUGACCAUGGCCGACCUGUUUACCGAGAUAAGUAACAGUGGCCUUCCCAAACUCGCACUUUGCUAAGUUCAGGGUUAGAGAAGCGGCUGCUAGACGUUCACACACUACCCUUAGAGUGUUAAUAUGAUCUGACCACUCAGUUGAAUAAAUUACCAGAUCAUCAAGGUAAGCACUACAAUUAGGAACUCCAGCCAAUACUGUGUUAACCAGGCGUUGGAAAGUGGCUGGUGCGUUCCGCAUCCCAAAUGCCAUGACAGCAUAUUGUAGGAAGUGGUCUGGGGUCACAAAGGCAGAGAUGUCGGAGGCACGUGAGGUUAACGGCACCUGCCAGUAACCUUUUAGAAGAUCUAGUUUGGUUACAUAAGUAGCAGCACCAACAGUGUCAAUACAGUCAUCCAGUCUGGGUAACGGGAACGAGUAGGGCACUGUGACAGCAUUGACCUUUCGAUAGUCCGUACAUAACCUGGAUGUCCCAUCAGGUUUAGGAACCAGAAUGCACAGAGAACUCCAAGGACUUUAACUUGGCAUAGCCAGGUUAUUCUCCAGCAAAUAACCGACCUCAACCCUCAUUAUCUUUCUUUUAGAGCCGUUGACACGAUAAGCAUGUUGCUUGAUAGGUGCAGCGUUUCCAACAUUAAUGUCAUGUUCUAACACUUUUGUGUGUGUAGGCACAUCAUUAAAAAGACAUGGAAAGCUGUGUAAUAGCUCACAAUAUCAUCUGACUGUCCGUCCGUUAAAUGAAUCAGGCUUGACGGGAGAGACAGCAGCAUCUCUGAAUUGGGCAAUCUAGCACACUGCUGCUGAGUAUUGCGCAACUCCAAACCAUCUCCGUCCACAUCAUUAACAUGACCUCCCACUACAGCCGCAGCAGCAAUAGAGACAGCCGACUUUGCCAGUUUCUCUGGACUGUAUCUGAGUGAUGGGUCUGGUGUGUUAUGUCUUCAACAUGUUAACGUGGCACACACGAGAUUGGCGUUUUCUAUCAGGAGUCUGUAUCACGUAGUCAGUUUCACUUAGUUUAUUUUCAAUUACAUAAGGACCAGAGAAACGUGCUGACAAUGACGCUCCUGGCACAGGCAACAAUACAAUAACUUGGUCACCUGGCUGCAGUGAACGAGAAACAGCCUGGUUGUCAUAGUGCCGUUUCAUCCGUCUCUGUGAGGAAGACAGCGCUUCCUUUGCUAGAGCACAGGCACCAUGUAGGCGCUCACGAAAGCAACUAACGUAGUCCAACACAUUUUCUUUCACACACAACUCUUGUGAUAAAAACUGAUCCUUAAGGACUUUCAUAUGUCCUCUCAUGGUGUGUCCAAACACCAGUUCAGCUGGGCUGAACCCUAGGGAUUCCUGUAAUGUCUCACGGACAGUAAACAAAACUAGAGGAACUCCCUCAUCCCAAUCCUUCUCAGAUUCCAAGCAAUAUUUACGGAGCAUAGACUUCAGUGUCUGAUGCCAAAGUUCAAGCGCACCCUGAGACUCUGUGUGAUAUGCACUUGACACACGGUGUGUAACUGACAAGGAUUUUAACACUUGUUUGAAAAGCUUAGAAAGGAAAUUCAUACCCUGAUCAGUUUGUACCACCGUAGGUAACCCAAAAGUUGAGAAGAAUUUGAUCAAAGCUUUACUCACCACCGGUGCAGUAAUCCUUCGCAGAGGAAUGGCCUCUGGGUACCUGGUGGCCACACACAUAAUCGUCAACAGAAACUGGUUACCAGAUUUUGUCUUUGGUAAUGGUCCAACACAAUCAACCAUCACAUGUUCGAAUGGUUCACCUAUGGAAGGUAUGGGACAAAGAGGCGUGGGGGGAAUAACCUGGUUCGGUUUCCCAGUUACUUGACAGGUGUGGCAAGUCCGACAGAACUGAGCCACAUCUUGCUUUUAACCAGGCCAAAAGAAAUGUCGCAAAACCCGAUCAUAAGUCUUGGUGACUCCCAGAUGUCCGGACCACUGGUGAUCAUGAGCGAGGGAUAAAACAUUUUGUCGAAAGGCUGUAGGAAUCACUAUUUGGUAAACAGCAUUCCAAUCUCCGCCAGGAUCAACAUGGGAUGUCCAUUUACGCAUGAGGAGAUUACCAUCAAUGAAGUAUGCCAUGUUUUUCUUCUUUAGCUCCUCAACUGAGACAACACUAGAAAAACAUUUAGCCAGGCUAAUGUCAACCUUCUCGUUAGCGAUCAGCUGCUCACGAGUGACUGGUAACUGUAUUGCCUCAGCAACAAGUUCCACAUACUUCUUCCUUUCCCUGGGCUGUUGAUCAGACCGCACCAGCUUACCAGAGGUAGCACCCAAGCUAUCCUCUGGGUCACACUCUCUGAAUAGAAUCGUGUUCAACAAAUCUAUCACGUCACCCACUUGUCGUGCAUGAGCACGUGUGACAGCACAAGCGGGGAACACAUCUGGUCACUUUUAUCCAAUACCUCCAAUAAGGGUAUCACCUUUCCUCCGGCAAUAUCGUUGCCCAUUAUAAAUGUCACACCAUUUACUGGCAACAUAGGACGUACUCCAACUCUGAACAAUCCACUGACUAACGCAGAGUGUACGUUCACGAAGUGCAAUGGCACUGGGACGAAUCCCAUUUCAAUUCCUUGUACUAACACACUGGAACCACAAUAUGUAUUAUUGGACAAGGGCAACACAUCAGAUAGUAUGAACGACUGCGCCACACCAGUAUCUCUGAGGAUUCUAACCGGACGCUUAGACGCUUCAUCAUCUGAUAUGGAAUCAAACCCCUCAAAAAUGAACGUUUCAUAACUGUGAUCAGGGACUGGGACUUUCAAACCACAUUCACUAUGAGGCCUCUGUUUUGAUUCCGGCCUUACAACCGUACGAAUCAGCCCAACACCCGUUGGCGGCCGGGCGUGCUGAGGCAUCCCCUGUUUGCGUUUUAGCAGAAAGCAAUCAUUAACCAUAUGUCCCACCUUAUGACAAUAGAAACAAUGACACACAUCUUUUGGGCGUGCUGGAUGUACUGCUGGUCGACUAGGGCUAAGAGUUAGCAACUCUGCGGCCCUGCUCUCCGUACGAGCCGAAAAGACGCUCUUAUGCGUCAACACAAACUCGUCUGCCAAUACAGACGCUUCCGACAGUGAGGAUACUUUCUGUUCAUUCAGAUAAACUACAAUGCGUUCGGGUAAGCAAUUUUAAACUCUUCUAACAAGAUUAACUCCCGUAGAGAGUUAAAAUCAGUUACCUUACUAGCACUGUGCCAUUUGUCAAACAGAUUUCCUUUGUCUCUAGCAAACUCCACAUAAGUCUGAGUAGAAUACUUUUUAUCAGACCUAAAUCUCUGUCGAUAUGCCUCAGGAACCAGCUCAUAGGCGCGAAGAACAGUAGCUUUGACCAUGUCAUAAUUCAAGCUGUCUUCAAGAGGUAGCGCUGACAGAACCUCUUGGGCUUUACCUGUUAAUUUACACUGAAGUAAUAGGCACCAUACCUCUUUGGGCCAUUUCAAUGCUACUGCUAUACGCUCAAAAACACUGAAAUAGGAAUCAACCUCUGACUCCCUAAACACAGGUACCAAGGUGAUCUGUCUACUAAUAUCAAAAGUAGCAGAUGACACAACUGUUGAGGACGGUUCACUAGCAGGCAUAGUAUGAGCAGAGACUAACCUCGCUGUUUCUGCCUCCAGUUCCAGUUUACGCAUUUCCAGUUCCUGAUCAAGUCUACGUGUCUCCAGUUCUUGAUCAAGCCUGCGCGUCUCCUGUUCUGCCUCUAGCUUACGCGUCUCCAGCUUGUCUUGCCUGAUUUGUGCCCGCUCUUCCGCCUCCAUUUGGAGCCGUGUCGAGCGGACAUCCAUCCUGGCAUCACUGUCGGACAGUGGGGAGAGUGGGUCAAAACGGGGCAAUGUGGCUGGAGCCUUAGCCUCGUCCUCAGACACCGAUGGGCUUACAGGAGCAGCAGCCACAUCCCCUACAGGAGCAGCAGGCUCAGGCGGCGGUAACUCAAGCACUCGCUCGUUCAAUAAUAUCUCUAACACUGCUUUCCUAACUUCUGCUUUCACUAAAACCCUUGAUAUGGGUACAGAAAAGUGGUCAGCCAAAGCCUGUAGAUCCACUCUAGGGCAAUUAUCAAAAACCUCCCACGUAGGGUUUUCCAAAAAGGCAUCCAACUCAAAAGUAGCCAUCUUAAACUAGCAACACGAGCCGACGAAUACUGAACACAAAACCAGUUAGUCACAGCUGCCAAGCUCAACACUGAACCAGACACUAACCAAUUUGAAUGAGUAGCAUGGGUAUCAAUGAGAUAGAUCCCAGAUGAGCCCUCAUGUUAUGUUACGAACCCCGUGGAUUUAAAAGUCUAGGGGAGAGGGAAAAGAGACCCGUAACAUAAUUCAUGCAAAUUAGAAUCGUGACAUGGAAAACAGUGAGAACAAAAAAUACACCGACAACCAUAAGUUACCGUCAAACACAAUAUGUUUAUUUUGAACACACGGUAAAGGUUUGGGAAAAAGGGCUGAGCAGGACCCAAGGAAUGAAACAAUAAUGUUUAAAAAAAACUAAACUGAUCUUGCCUGCCUCAAGAACCGCUAAGCUACUGCUAACCAUACAAAAAUUACAGUGGGUGGUCUGCUCAGGUCUAACUAAUGUUUUUAGACAAUGUUCUUUCUACGGGUAAUGUAGGCCCAAGGGCAACUUGCUAAAUCCCUCUUUUCCCAGAAACACACAACAUAGUUACCAAACAGAGUAACCAGCAAAUGAGUGAGUGAGUACACAAAAAACAGGACACCACAGUAUCCAUGCUCACAUACGAAAAUAGUCUCUUCCAACAAACACAACUGACUGGCUUUUAAAACAAUGGGAGGUGUAAGUGAAAAACCAGAAACAGGUGGUGCAAUACAGAGGAAUGUCCACUGAUUGGUCCACCUCAGCAAUCAGCAGACAAACGGAUGUCGGACAGGUGGGACACCCCCAACGACCACCAAUCAGGAACACAAAGGACACCUGUGAUUAGGGCAGAAGGAGAGGAAAAACACAAAACACACACAGGAUACCUGUAUUCGUAACAACAUCUAAUGGAGAGGCUAGCUGCUGCACACUUAAGGAUCCAUUACGGUAUAUGAUUCCAGUAAAUGUAUCAUCUGACCCUGGAUGCAGCACUGUAUGGUUUACGCAUAAUAGAUUAAAAACUCUAUAGCAGGGCUGUCAAACUCAUUCCAUGGAGGGCCUAGUGUCUGCUGUUUUUACCCCUAGACAACCAGGUGAGGAGAGUUCCUUACUAAUUAGUGACCUUAAUUCAUCAAUCAAGUACAAGGGAAGAGUGAAAACCUGCUCUGUCUAAUCUACAGCUUAACAUUUAUAUCACCAGGUUGAGAAACGGGUGGGGGGGCGCUGUUGUGUUUGUUUGGUUUGUUUUUCAUGGUCUCGCCCGCUUGGAAGUGUGUAUUGAGAAAAUAUUUAGUUUUCUUCUGUACAGGGGGGGAUAAGGCAGAGGGGGAUAGAAAGCCCCGAAGGGAAGGUUUUGUAGGAACAGAUAACUACACGGAAUUCAGAACGCUUUGAUCUUUCUCUUUUUGAUCUAACAGAUUCUGA